AUGGCGUCACAAAAUAUGGCAAACCCUUCUAUUAACCCCGAUAUUGAAGAUGAGCUCUUCCAAAAGGAGGUUGAGGCUGUCAAGACAUGGUGGUCUGAUUCAAGAUGGCGACAAACCAAGCGACCUUUUACCGCUGAGCAGAUCGUUUCGAAGCGCGGAUACCUCCCUGUUGAUUAUGCCAGCAACGCCCAGGCCAAGAAGUUAUGGAAGAUUCUUGAGCACCGUUUCGAGAACCGCGAUGCUAGCUACACCUAUGGCUGUUUGGAACCCACAAUGGUGACCCAAAUGGCUAAAUAUCUCGAUACGGUCUAUGUCUCUGGCUGGCAGUCAUCGUCGACAGCCUCUGCUUCCGACGAGCCUGGUCCUGAUCUGGCUGACUACCCUUACACUACCGUCCCUAACAAGGUUGGCCAUCUCUUCAUGGCCCAACUUUUCCACGAUCGAAAGCAGCGUCAAGAGCGUCUCAGCGUCCCUAAGGAGCAGCGCGCCAACCUCCUCAACAUUGAUUAUCUCCGCCCCAUUGUCGCCGACGCAGAUACUGGCCAUGGCGGUCUCACCGCUGUCAUGAAGCUCACCAAGCUCUUCAUUGAAAAGGGUGCGGCUGGAAUUCACAUCGAAGACCAAGCCCCCGGCACAAAGAAGUGCGGCCAUAUGGCCGGUAAAGUCCUUGUCCCCAUUCAGGAACAUAUCAACCGCCUCGUUGCAAUCCGAGCGCAGGCUGACAUCAUGGGCUCUGACCUUCUCGCUAUUGCCCGUACUGACGCUGAGGCCGCCACACUCCUUUCCACCAACAUUGACCCCCGCGACCAUGCUUUUAUCCUCGGCUCCACGAACUCUACACUCAAGCCCCUCAACGAUCUGAUGAUCGCCGCUGAAGCUACUGGCAAGUCUGGUGCUGAGCUGCAGCGUAUUGAGGACGAGUGGCUUGCCAAGGCCAAUCUCAGCAGUUUCGACGAUGCUGUCGUUGCUGCCAUUGACGCGGGUUCCUUCUCUAACAAGGCUGGCAUUAAGCAAGAAUAUACUUCCAAGGCAAAGGGAAAGAGUAACUUUGAGGCCAGGGCUGUUGCUCGCCAACUUCUCGGCAGGGAUAUCUUUUUUGAUUGGGAUGCUCCCCGAACGCGCGAGGGUUACUUCCGCCUCAAGGGUGGAUGUGACUGCGCAGUGAACCGCGCUAUCGCCUAUGCACCUUACUGCGACGCCAUUUGGAUGGAGUCCAAGCUGCCCGAUUUCGCUCAAGCCGAACAGUUCGCUCAAGGUGUCCACGCUGUCUGGCCAGAGAAGAAACUCGCUUACAACCUGUCUCCAUCGUUCAACUGGAAGACGGCCAUGCCUCGUGAUGAACAGGAGACUUACAUUCGACGCCUGGCUAAGCUUGGUUACUGCUGGCAGUUUAUCACUCUAGCGGGCUUGCACACAACAGCAUUGAUUAGUGACCAGUUCGCAAAGGCUUACAGCACCGUCGGUAUGCGUGCCUAUGGCGAGCUUGUCCAAGAGCCCGAGAUGGACCAAAAAGUCGACGUUGUCAAGCACCAGAAGUGGAGUGGUGCUACCUACGUCGACGAGUUGCAGAAGAUGGUCACAGGUGGUAUCAGUUCCACGGCUGCUAUGGGCGCCGGUGUGACUGAAGACCAGUUCAAAUAA